AUGGACGGUCGCGUAAUCCGAGGCGUCCAGCGCGCCGCGCUGAAGCAGUGGAACGAGUUCAUUGCCAAGAGUCUUGCAACUCGUCUGGAUCCCGACAAAUUCGAAUCAUACGUCCCUUUCCUUCAGGCGAAACACCCGCUUUCUCCCUCCGUCGUUGCCGAUCUGUUCCUGCGGCCCCAGCCUCACAACCAUGAGAGCCUCGAUCCUCGAGUUCCACGCUUCCUCCAAGUACUGUCUGACCUCAACUACAUCGACACGCCUUCUAUCUUAGAGGCUCUAUAUAAGUACUCUACUUCGCGUGCGCACUCUAGAGAAGCUGCGCAAGCUUCGAAUGGCGGCAAUCCUACAUCUCAGACCCUGCGAUGGGCGAGCUCGUACUCGGCAGAGGAAGUCAUGUUCUAUAGACUUACGAAGUCUGUAGCUCAAGGUACAGCGAUACCGAAUACCGAGACUGGCCUUGCAAUCGCCAAGAUUAUGGCCAGUUGGAUUGCUCUGUUCACCGACGCCGCCACGGCCUUCACGGUCGACGUCAUGGGCCAGCUGCAAAACAGCCAGGCGAGGGAAGAAAUGGAGUCGGCGCGAGCUGCCUUUGUAGCCUUGCUCCUUGGAGUAUGCGAAAAUCACACAGUAAUGAAGGCUUUUGGAAGCCCCGAGGCAAAAAACACCAGGAAGGCCCUGUCCGAGAGUCUAGCAAACUUCGUGCCUACGAUCAUGCAGAACGCCGGACCUAUAGCAACUCGUCUGGACAUGUUUCGUACAAGCACGCUAGCAGCGUUUGAGCCUGUUGAUGAGCAGAAGAACACAUCAAAUGUCGAGAUAGAAGACCUCUUUGAUUCCUCUGUAGCACUUGAAAACUUCGUCAUUUCCGAACUGCCAAUCGUUAACUCGAGAGCGGGCCUAUAUAUAUAUCUGAAUGCUGCGAUAUCAGGUAAUGCCAAAUGGCACUAUGUCAUGCGCAAGUGCUGA